GUAGUUUGUUAUCUCACGUAAUUCAUGUAAACUCGACGUCGUCACAAAAUGGCUGAAUGGAAGUGAGAAAAAAUAAGACUAAACCUCACAGGUGUAUCAGAUUUAGCAUCCUAGCUUUUUUUGGCAAUGCCACCUCUGCCCCACAGCGAGCGGCUUUUGGAGAGACUGAGGAAGCAGCGCGAAAAGGGUUUGCUGUGUGACUGUACUGUCGCGAUAGGGCAGUCCAUGUUCCAAGCUCAUUGGAACGUUCUGGCAGCCUUCAGCGGAUACUUCAACUCCCUGUCUGAUGCGAGCGCAAUUGACAAGACCGUUACCUCCCUGGAUCCUGAGUGUGUGAACGAGGGGGUGUUUGAGAAACUGAUGGAUUAUGUGUAUUCUGGGUACCUUGAUGUUGACAGUUACAAUGUGACAGAAAUUUGCAAAGCUGCCACUUUCCUCAAGAUGGAGGAGGUGGUCGUGCAGUGCACACUGACCCUGGAGGACAUCAAGCCUAUCUGCUCCGGGGCCAGCCCUCCCCGCCUUCGCACCGCUCCGCCCCACCAGUCAGAGGCAGAGACUGGGUCCUCACUGGGGGGCUUCCAGGGACCUCUGCCCCUGGAGACAGAAGAGGCUCCAUCGCUCGGCGUACGGGUUCACGACCAGACGACAAGCAGGGACCAGACGUUCUGGCGCAGACCCUGCCACCAGGGCGGGACUAGAGAGCGCAGGGCUCGUGUGCGCCCCCUGUUGGCGGAGGCGUUCCACACACCCAGCGACCACGUCCCGGAUGUACCGGGACCCGGACUCGUCGGACAUGUAGGGAAAGAUGGGGGAGAUGAGCAGAUGCGGUCCCGGUCCCGGUCCCCGUCCUUCGACAGCAGCGCGGUCCAGAGCCGCCCCCCCCUGAGGCCAGCCGUGAAGAGGGAGAGGGUGAGGAAGAGCUGCGUGCUGAAAGAGAACUGCGGCUCCGCCUUUCCAGACAGGGACGACGUCGGGGACGCCCUGGCCGGGGAGGUGAAAGCCAAGCCGGUCUGCUUCACCUGCGGGAAGGUGUUCUCCGAGGCCAGCAGCCUGCGCAGGCACAUGCGCAUCCACAGGGGCGUCAAGCCUUACGUCUGCCAGCUGUGCGACAAGGCCUUCACGCAGUGCAACCAGCUGAAGACCCACGUCCGCACGCACACAGGGGAGAAGCCGUACCAGUGUGACCUGUGCCAGAAGGGCUUUGCGCAGAAGUGCCAGCUGGUCUUCCACAGCCGCAUGCACCACGGGGAGGAGAAGCCCUACAAGUGCGACGUCUGCGGCCUGCAGUUCGCCACGUCCAGCAACCUCAAGAUUCACUCCAGGAAGCACAGCGGGGAGAAGCCCUACGUGUGUGACUGCUGCGGCCAGCGCUUCGCCCAGGCCAGCACGCUGACGUACCACGUGCGGCGACACACCGGCGAGAAGCCCUACGUCUGCGACACCUGCGGGAAGGCCUUCGCCGUGUCCAGCUCCCUCAUCACCCACUCCAGGAAACACACGGGAGAGAAGCCAUACGUGUGCCGGACAUGCGGGAAGUCAUUCACCUCCUGCGGAGAGCUCAACAAGCACUGUCGCUCCCACACUGGAGAGAAGCCUUUUAUCUGUGAACUGUGUGGAAACUGUUACACGGAUGUGAAGAAUCUGAAGAAGCACAAAGCCAAAGUACACAAAGAUUUUCCCAGCCCAGAUCCUGGCCAGAAGCCCGCCGUGUCGCCUGAGGACCCAGUGUUCUGGAAGGCCACAGCCUCGAGCCUAGUGGAACUCAAGGCCUCAGAUGCCCCGCCUCCACUCAGCAUUUCUGUCGACCACCAGACAAUGAUCGGCCCCCCACCCCAAGGAGACGGGGGUAGCGGCGUAUCCAUCGAUCAGAUGCUGCGGACCGCCAUCGGCUACACUGAGCCACAGUUCAUCUUCCUCCAGCAGCUCAACUGACAACCACAGGCCACCAACGGUCGUUCCCACCAGCCACUUCCUUUUUCAAGUAUCCUCAAGCCACAUACUUGGCAGAAAGAAGGUCUUUGGUCCCCUCUGUCAUAGGCUUUCAAGGGUGGCUGUGGGGCAAGGUACCAUUCAAGCCAACUCGUCAAUGCGUGCAGUUUUCCUACUUGUUCUUCUAAGUAACACAUUUCCAAGCUAUUCAUUUCAAUAUUUGUUGAUGGUUUAAUUGCAUACUCUCUUUAAGACGGGCCUAAUGCAGUUUGUUUAGCAUAUUUGGAGCAACUGUCACAUUACCUAUCUCUUCACUAGCUACACUCGCAGUUUUGAUUCUUACUUUGGAAAGGGUAUGUUUUUAAUGGCUGCCACUACGAAUUACAGUGUAAUGCUGUGUAUUAAGGGUCAGAUUUACGUACAGUGCAAAAGAAACCGCAUUUUGCAAAAGAGGCAGAUCUUAAACAGCGAAGUUAAAACAUGUUGUGUGCAUUGGACAUCUUCACUACGUGUGGCGUAUUCCUUGUAUCAGCUGCCAAGUAAAAGCGUAUCCAGUGCAGCACAAAAUGUCCCUGCUGUGGUGGCUAUUGCCGUUUGAAUCAAAGGCGAGAUGUAACGUUGUAAUGAGCUUGACAAUUGCCGGGAUAGAAUGGGAACGUUGUGUGGAGACAUGGCAUGUUUUAUUUCUCCCAGAAGCGCAAUUAUUUGUAUGGCUGCUUGUUUGUCACAGAAGUUUUUCCCUGUUUAUUUCCUAUUGAAUGUUUUGGAGGAUAACUAAUACAAACAAACACAUGACCCUGUUUUUAUUUUCUAACAAUGUUCUGUUAAAGGCAAAAAGCAUGUCUUUCCGCGAUGGACAAAAGCGAUUAAAAGCAGCAUAUCAAUGCAUUCAGCCUACUCAGAUUUUUAGUAAUUAUUAGUAAAUUCUACGGAAUACAUAAUCAGCCACACUUAUAAUAUCUUAUAAUGCAUUAAGGAGAGAAGUGUAGCUUGCCUAGAUCUCACGCAUACUGCGGUUUCAGGCCCGUGCGCCAGUUUCAUACAUACAGCGCCUGUUUCCUGGGCAGAAUGCGUAAUAUGUGCGCCUGAAAAUCUUUGCCAAAGGCUUAGUAAAUCUGGCUUUAAGUGUUUAAUUUGAAGGGUCUGUUCUAUGGUCACAGGUAAGAAACUGUUUUGAGGUUAUUUUGUCCCAUGGUCCCAAAAUGGUGUCAAAUAAAAAGAAAGAAUAUGGUUGUUGACUGUUUUGUUAUUUGUGGUGAACCAGACGUGGUUACUUCAUCUUGAUAGUAUCAGUACCAUCAGUGUGAAACGUCCACAGUUGCCUGCUGCUUUAGGAUGUGUCUCUUGUUUUGAUAUCUGGAAGAAUUCACCUGCAGAACUUGCAAACUACUUGGUCGGGACAUCUCAGUGCUGUGUUUGGUAUCUCAGGAUUAUAGUGUAACUCAUUAAUUUGCAACAACCAUUUUCAAGGGCUAUAUCUUCUUCAAAAUGUAAAAAUACAAUCAUAGAAAUGUGAUUUGAAAAUGUGUUUCAUAAACAUAAUAUGAAAACAAUAAGGUUCCCUUUAAUUGUUGUAAUUGUUGUUUUUGGCCUAGUAAUAUGGUCAGGUACUGGAUUGUAUGGUUAUGUUAUGAGUGUAUUGGUAAUUUGAAUGUUCAGAAUUUGUUCCAUGAUUGACAUUGGUGUCCUUGUAUGACUGUAUUCUUGGGUAUAUUUUCCAUGGGAACCUGGCAUUGAGGUCUUCCACCUGCAUUUUGUUUUUAUUUGGUAGUUCAUUCCACAAGCCCGUGUACAGCCCUGGUCCUGGGGGAACCGGUUUGAAAGAUCAAUAAUAAAGGGUCAGUGAUGAAAAAAACCAUAGCAGAUCUUAAAGGCCAAGGAGUCAUAAGUUCCCCACAGUAUUACUUCUACUGUAAAGUUCAAGGGAAGUUCAAUCUCCACUUUGUGUACGGUGUACGCUGUCCCCUCCUACUAACCUUUGAACCCCAUACAACCCAGUUACAGAUUAACUUCUUUCAAGUUAAAAAUUAAAAUUCCUCCCUCACCGUCAUCUUCUUCUAAAAAUGUCAUAUUUUCAGGUGUGACAUUUUUUUGUCACGUAGCGGCAUGUUAGUGCCCUCCACGAAAGUGCAAAGCAGCUCUCUGGGAGCUGUGAUUGUUCCAGCUGAGGCUGUGUAUCUUCAGUCAAAAUCAUAGAAAAAUUCCAGGGCUUUCUUCGCUGAACAUUCCAAGCUUCCACCAAAUGUAAAAUCUGAACUGCUUGUUUACAAAGACCAGUGUCUGCAGCUUGGUUACUGCCCUUGCAUCACGCAACCUGCUUUCUGGUAAUAGGCCUAUGCAAAAUGAAAGGUUUGUUUUUGUUGUAUGUUACAGUCGUAUUGUGCCAUUGUGUUGACUACCCUGCUGUAAAAUCCAUCUAUGACCAUCUUGAAAUUGCUGGCUACCAGCAGUUUCAAAACAUAGUUUGAGCUGGUCAAACCAUGUUGUGCAUGGAGCUGGUCUGAUCUGGUCAACCAGCUGCCAGCUGGUGGAUAUUGUUGGGAUAUCAAUUUAAAUUGUAACUGCAGUAUAUACAAUUGCUAUUAUCAUUAACACAAUGAAAUAUGGUACUUUGUGAAGAUUUAUAAGAAAAACCAAUAAAUUGUGUGAAUCUA